UAAUCCAUAUUAUCUCCCUCUUUGUGUUCUUUGAAUUGCUUUUGCAUUUGGAUUUUACAGCAAUGUCUGCAAUGCUGAAAUUGUCAUUUGUAUUCUUUGUUUUGACCAUUGCUCUUUUCGAAUGUUUCACUACGAGCACUGAAGCAAGGGAAGUCAAAAAUGAAAACGGGCGGGAGGCAAACGACAGAAAGUGGUGCAUUGCUAAGCCAUCUACUUCUGAUGCUCAGCUUGAGAUGAAUGUCCAGUAUGUCUGCCAACAAGGGUACUACAAGAUUAGCUGCUCCGUUAUCCAACCGGGAGGUUCCUGUUACAUCCCUUCUAACAAGGUCUCAUCUGCAUCGAUGGUCAUGAACCUCUUUUUCCAACAAGAUGGACAGACGGCCAAUGCUUGCUAUUUCAAUGGCAGUGGACUGCUUGUUUAUGAGAAUCCUACUGUUGGAAGCUGCAACUACCCUCCACAAUAGAGAACAUGCUAUCAGCAUAUAACUGAAUAAGGAACUGAUCUGUUCUGAUCUGAGAUGAGGUGGUUAUAACUCAAAGUAUAAAGGCUACUAGAGGAGCUAGCUAGCAAAGUACUUUGUAUUUUUCUAGCUAAAUAUAUAGUUUAUUGCCCUAAGAUCUACAAGAUACUCAAAUGUAAUGGGUGACUACUAAAUAUAUAGUUUAGUAGUGGAUGAAAGAAAGAAAUAAAAAAUUGGUUCU